CCCUGCGCCUCCGCCCGCCCGGCCGGCCGCGCCCCCGGGGCCAUGGUCGCGGGGCCCUGCGCAGGGGCGGCCCCCAGCGCGGCGCUUCAUGGAGCGGCCCGGGCCCGGCCCUCGGGGGCAGCGCGAUCCUGCCGGGCCCUGUGAGCUCCCAGCGCCGCGGCACCAUGUUGCUGGUUGAGAAGACCACAGACUCCCCGGCGGCAGAGUUCUCGCUGGUGGAGGACGUGGCCCUGCACUUCGCCUGCUUGAUGGGCCGUCUCAAUGAGCAGCGCCUCUUCCAGCCAGACCUGUGCGAUGUGGACCUAGUGCUGGUGCCUCAGCAUAGCGUGUUCCCUGCACACAAGGGUGUGCUGGCCGCCUACAGCCAGUUCUUCCACUCGCUCUUCACUCAGAACAAGCAGCUGCAGCGGGUCGAGCUGUCCCUGGAGGCGCUGGCGCCCAGCGGCCUGCAGCAGAUCCUGAACUUCAUCUACACGUCCAAACUGUUGGUGAACGCGGCCAACGUGCACGAGGUGCUCAGCGCGGCCUCGCUGCUGCAGAUGGCUGACAUUGCCGCCUCCUGCCAGGAGCUGCUGGACGCUCGGUCCCUGGCGCCCUCGGGCCCUGUGGCCCUGGCCCAGCCAGCCGCCAGCUGUGCCCCGGUGCCUCCACCACCCUACUACUGUGACAUCAAGCAGGAGGCAGACACCCCAGGCCUCCCCAAGAUCUACGCCCGUGAGGGCCCUGACCCGUACUCUGUGCGUGUGGAGGAUGGAGCGGGGACAGCUGGGGAUGUGGGCUCUGCCGCUGCUGGGCCAGCACAGACGCUCUUCAAGGAGGAGAAGGAAGGGACGCCUGAAGAAGCCGAGGCCCCGGGAGGUAGCCUGUGCAAACUGGAGAGUGGAGAGGGGCUGGAGCCAGAACUGGAUGCCUCAGGCACCUAUGGGCACCAGGAGCAGUCACAGAUCAUUGUGGAGGUGAACCUUAAUAACCAAACACUGCAUGUGUCCACCGGGCCUGAGGGCAAGCCAGGCUCCGGGGCCAACCCAGCCACUGUGGUGCUGGGCCAGGAGGAUGGGAUGCAGGGACACUCAGAAGAAGAGGAGGAGGAGGAAGGAGGAGGGAGUGGAGGAGGUGAGGAAGAGGAAGAAGAGGAGGAGGAAGAGGGAGGCAGCCAGGGAGAGGAGGAAGAAGAGGAGGACGGGCCCAGCGACCGGGAGGACGAAGAUGAAGAGGAUGGGCCCAGUGAGCAGGAUGCGGAGAGUUCUGAGGAGGAGAGGGUGGCCGAGGGCAGGCAGGACCCUGCAGGUCCCGCUGGGUGUCAGGGUAGCCAGGCGGACCCUCCACCGCACAGCCGGAUGUCCACGCGGUCCCGGGGACAGAACACCCGGCGCAGAGCCACCCCCGAGCCAGAGGAGGCUGGAGGGAGAGGUGGGAAGAGGCCCAAGGCGUCUGGAGCUGUUGCAGCACCCCAGGCAGCUGACGGGCUGGGGGCCAAGGUGAAGCUGGAGGAGAAACAGCAGCAUCCGUGUCAGAAGUGCCCUCGGGUCUUCAACAACCGCUGGUACCUAGAGAAGCAUAUGAACGUGACCCACAGCCGCAUGCAGAUCUGUGGCCAGUGUGGGAAGCGCUUUCUGCUGGAGAGCGAGCUGCAGCUGCACAGGCAGACCGACUGUGAGCGCAACAUUCAGUGCAUGACGUGUGGCAAAGCCUUCAAGAAGCUGUGGUCUCUUCACGAACACAACAAGAUAGUGCACGGCUACGCGGAGAAGAAGUUCUCCUGUGAGAUCUGCGAGAAGAAGUUUCACACCAUGGCGCAUGUGCGCAAGCACAUGGUUGCCCACACCAAGGACAUGCCCUUCACCUGCGAGACCUGUGGGAAGUCCUUCAAGCGCAGUAUGUCGCUGAAGGUCCAUUCGCUGCAGCACUCGGGGGAGAAGCCUUUCCGCUGUGAGAACUGCAAUGAGCGCUUCCAGUACAAGUACCAGCUGCGGUCCCACAUGAGCAUCCACAUUGGCCACAAGCAGUUCAUGUGUCAGUGGUGUGGUAAGGACUUCAACAUGAAGCAGUACUUUGAUGAGCACAUGAAGACACACACAGGGGAGAAGCCUUAUAUCUGUGAGAUCUGUGGCAAGAGUUUCACCAGCCGCCCCAAUAUGAAACGGCACCGACGCACACACACAGGAGAGAAGCCAUACCCGUGCGACGUGUGUGGCCAGCGCUUCCGCUUCUCCAACAUGCUGAAGGCACACAAAGAAAAGUGCUUCCGUGUCAGCCACCCACUGCCUGGUGACCCUGCCUCCCUGCCCGCCACGCACCUGCAGCCCACAGCCCCGCUCUUCCCCACAGCACCUCCCAGGCUGGACACUAACUGACCCCCAGCACAGACCCUCCUGGCCGGGGCCAGCAGACACAGACUAGGGGCUGGACUGCAGCUGGAUGGCCCUGGCCCUGGGUCCUGGUGCAGCUUCUUGGAGAUUUUACUCCUUGUCUUAGGGAAGAAAGGAACAGAGAGGGACUGGUGGGCAGCACCCCUCCAGGUGAGGGGUGCUGGAGGCAACAGACACAAGGGCAGGAGGAGCUCUGGGCUGCGGGCAUGGCUGAGAGCCAGGCAGGGCCUGGGUCAGUUUCACCUGCCCGUCCCUGGCUUCCCUGUGCCCCUAACUGACUCCUUAGGAGGGGAGGGUUUGGGGAGGAUUCGAGUGCAUCCCUGUUAAAGGGAGUUGUGAAGCCCAGGAGUCCUGCGUGUGCCCACGGAGACGUGGCAGGACAGUGUGCGUGGCUGGGCAGGGGAGUGUGAAGGCCUCUCUGCGAGAGGCAGAGUGGGGCAGGUGGGGGCUGGCCCCCAUGGGUUUCCUUUCUCACAUCCCUACCAGGCAGGCUCAGGAAUCCCCAGCCUGCACUGUACUUUUUAAAGGGCCCCAGAUCCUGGAGAGAGUGUGGGUGCUGGGGACCAAGCCUCCAGAGGGGAGGGGACCUGAUUCACAGGCCCCAGCUCCUAGGGUUCCUGCAGGAGAAUGAGAUCCCAGGGAGGGGCCCCAAAGGAGCCUCAGGCAAGUAGUUCAGGGUUUCAUGGUGCUAUCUGUGGGGCAGGGGACAGGGAGCCAUCUGCAGGGCACUCCUGUCCUUUCCCAGCCUGCCUGGUUGGACUGCCCCACCAGGAGACACAUGUAUCUAUGUCUGCUCCCCAAAGCCCACAUGAGGCGGCCUCUCCUCUCGGGGCCAGGCCACUACCGCCACUCGCUGGACCCUGGUGCCUCUUGCAUUGUGCAGAGCCUGGGGCGCCAUGGCACAGCCAGGGAGAGAAGCUGGCACGGGAGCAGGGAGCUCAGCCAGUGCCCGGUGUUUGCCCUUGGGGGGCAGGCAGUAGUAGUUCACCCCUCUCUGUUGUCAUUUAAUGUCCUUGUUCCUGCGUUUAAUGGGAGGAAGGUUCCAUUCGCUCGUUUCCUGGUUUUGAUCUCCCACUGUUUAUAAGCUUCUGUUUGUUACACUCUGCACCUUACUCCCUCCCCACCACUCCCUGCCACUCCCAGCAUGGCCACGCUGGGAAGAGGCCUAUGCCCAAUGGGGCUGGCAGAGGGUGCUGAACCCCUUGACCUCCUCAGAGGCCGAUGGAGCUGGUACAGUGGGCUGGGGACAUUUUAAUCAUCAAUAAACGAAGCACUUUAUUCUGUACAGGUGUGGGCAGGCCCAAGGCGCUCGGCUGAGUUGGCUGUCUUCUGGGCGAGGAGGCACUGAACGAGCAGUUAUCCCUGGAUAGGCACCCUUUCUUAGCCUGAGGAGCCAGGCUGCAAGUGUACCCUCAGCCCCCCAUGUCCACUGGGGAGACCCUGUCCCAUUUGCCUGCACACUUCUGCCCCACUGCCCAAGGUUGGGCUCCAAGCUCCUUCAGUGUAGUUCUUCCUCCAGUGGUACCCCUAACCUCUGGGCUUCCAUGAUGUCCUCAGGGACCCUUCCUGCUAUUUCUAACCUCUGGCCCCAGUGCCUGGCAGCUCUCCAGAGCUAGCUAACAUUUUCCAAAAAAUAAUAAAAGAAAAGGAAUGAAAGAGUUGACCAACUCAAGGGGUCACCAACCCUUAUCCCUACUGGCCUUGGUGAUCUUCAUGGGUCCAGAAGCCCUGGCCAUUCAAUAGACAGCGAUCUGAAGAACAGAGGCUGGGAAUGAAACCCUGUCCUGGUAGCUGGGUUUCCAGAACCUUCACAAACCCUUCCCCAGGGGCCAGACAGGGGUUCUGGGCACUGGCCGGCAUGGGGCACAGCCCUCUCUCUGAGGCCCCUGCAUGUCUGGUGCUAUACUCCUUGCCCUGCCCACAAGUAUUGCAGUCCCUUACUGCCAGAUGCAAUAACCCCCCACCCCCAUGCAGCGGAAUUGGGGUUCUCAUCUCCCCAGCUUUUUACACCUUACUUCUAAAGAGAUGGUCAAUUCCCCCAACGUUAGCAUGAGGGGACUGGAACAUGGCAGCAACUUUCCAGGCCCAAGGCACAGAUUGCCUUUGGGGAGGCUUGGCUGAGAUCUCCUGCCCAGCUAGACCAAGUCUAGCCCUGGGCCUGCUCCUCUGAACCGAUGUGGGCUGCUCUGGUCUUGGAGCAGUUGGCAGGGAGUUCCCAUGAAGUCAUAGAGGGCCUGGAGCCCAGGGAUGACCAGCUCCACGUCCCCUCACGGGUCUGGGUGAUUACAGGAAGACCAGGCCCAGGUGUGUGGAGCUUAACUGCCUGCCUGUGUGUGUGACACGCCCAUGGUCCCAGGGUGGGGGCAGUAGACAUUUGAUCAAGAUGGGUGAUGGAGAAUAAACUCAGUUCUGCCCCUGA